GGCCUUUCUACCAGCCUGUCGAUGCAAUUAAACUGAAUUUGCCGGAUUAUCACAAAAUCAUAAAAAACCCCAUGGACAUGGGGACGAUCAAGAAGCGCCUGGAGCACAACUACUACUGGAGUGCCAGUGAAUGUAUGCAGGAUUUCAACACCAUGUUUACAAACUGUUACAUUUAUAACAAGCCCACAGAUGACAUCGUCCUCAUGGCCCAAGCCCUGGAGAAGAUAUUUCUGCAGAAGGUUGCCCAGAUGCCUCAGGAAGAAGUCGAAUUAUUACCCCCAGUUCCUAAAGGCAAAGGUCGCAAGCCGUCAGCAGGCACUCAGAGUGCAGGAGCGCAGCAAGCCGUGGCCGUGUCUUCCGUCUCCCCACCGGCCCCGUUCCAGAGCGUCCCUCCAGCCGUGUCCCAGACGCCUGUCAUUGCUGCCACCCCUGUGCCAACCAUCACAGCUAACGUCCCGCCUGUCACUGCCCCUCCCGCCGCCGCGCCCCCUCCGCCCGCUGCUCCGAUCAUGCCCGUGGUGCCUCCUACGCCACCGGUCGUCAAGAAGAAGGGAGUGAAGCGGAAAGCAGACACCACGACCCCCACCACCUCGGCCAUCACUGCCAGCCGCAGCGAGUCCCCCACGCCCCUCUCGGACCCCAAGCAGGCCAAAAUCAUCGCCCGGCGGGAGAGCGGCGGCCGCCCCAUCAAGCCACCAAAGAAAGACCUGGAAGAUGGAGAGGUCCCCCAGCACGCAGGGAAGAAGGGCAAACUCUCUGAGCACCUCAAGUACUGUGACAGCAUUCUCAAGGAGAUGCUCUCCAAGAAGCAUGCAGCCUAUGCAUGGCCCUUUUACAAGCCUGUGGAUGCAGAGGCCUUGGAAUUACAUGACUAUCACGAUAUUAUCAAACACCCCAUGGAUCUCAGUACUGUUAAAAAAAAAAUGGACAGCCGGGAGUACCAGGAUGCACAGGGCUUCGCAGCAGACAUCCGGUUAAUGUUCUCUAAUUGUUACAAGUACAAUCCUCCAGACCAUGAAGUGGUGGCCAUGGCCAGGAAGCUCCAGGAUGUCUUUGAGAUGAGGUUUGCAAAAAUGCCUGAUGAGCCUGCAGAGGCCCCCCCUCCUCCUCCUCCAACAGCACCAGUGGUGAGCAAAAGCACAGAGAGCAGUCACAGCAGUGAGGAGAGCUCCUCCGACUCGGAUAGCUCGGACUCGGAAGAAGAGCGAGCGACACGGCUGGCUGAGCUCCAGGAGCAGCUAAAGGCUGUCCAUGAGCAGCUAGCUGCCUUGUCACAAGCACCAGUGAACAAACCAAAGAAAAAAAAAGAGAAGAAGGAAAAAGAGAAGAAAAAGAAAGACAAAGAGAAAGAAAAAGAAAAGCACAAAGUUAAAGUGGAGGAGGAAAAGAAACCCAAGGUGGCUCAACCACCAAAACAAACCCAGCAGAAGAAGGCCCCAGCUAAGAAAGCAAACAGCACAACCACAGCUAACAGGCAGCCCAAGAAAGGAGGCAAACAGGCGUCUGCGACCUACGAUUCGGAGGAGGAGGAGGAAGGUCUGCCCAUGACCUACGAUGAGAAACGCCAGCUCAGCCUGGACAUCAACCGCCUGCCCGGGGAGAAGCUGGGCAGGGUGGUGCACAUCAUCCAGUCGAGGGAACCUUCCCUCAGAGACUCCAAUCCUGACGAGAUAGAAAUAGAUUUUGAGACGUUGAAGCCCACCACCUUGCGAGAACUGGAGCGAUACGUCAAGUCUUGUUUACAGAAAAAACAGAGGAAACCCUUCUCUGCAAGUGGCAAAAAGCAAGCAGCAAAGUCAAAAGAAGAGUUAGCUCAGGAAAAGAAGAAGGAACUAGAAAAACGGUUACAGGACGUCAGUGGGCAGCUAAACAACAACAAGAAACCUGCAAAGAAAGAGAAAUCCAGCUCAGCAGCCUCGGGAGGCCCUUCCAGGCUCAGCAGCAGCAGCUCCUCUGAAUCUGGCAGCAGCAGCUCCAGUGGCUCCAGCUCAGACAGCAGCGACUCGGAAUGA